AUGAACAAGAAUUGGGCAAGGACAUUGCAAACAACCACAUUCAUGGCAGGUAUUUCGAAUGCCAUAAACACAUGCGGCACCGUUAGGAUUGCAUUCAUAGGCAUACCCGUCAAAGCAAUUAGGCAUCUGCAAGAAGUAGGACCGCAUGAAGCGGAGGUAUUAAAAACGAAGAAGAAUAAAAGACCCAAGAUAAAAAGAAUAUGA